AUGGGACCUGAUUAUGCCGACGUUGCGCGGCCUCUGGUUGAUCUUACACAUAAUAAAGACAUUAGUCUCAUAUGGACAGGACUUCACACAAAGGCGGUGCAGCAGCUCAAACAGCGCUUAAUUGAUUUCACAACAUUACAAGUUCCUGACACCACGAAGCCCUUCGAGUUAUACAAGGAUGCCUCUGAUUAUGCGAUCGGAGCGGUUCUCGAACAAGAAGGCAAGCCCAUCGGUUUCCUCAGCCAUGUCAUGAACCCCACACAACAGAAACACUCGAUCUACGAUCAAGAACUCUUGGCGUUGGUCACGGCCCUGGACAAGUGGUCUCAUUUGCUCCGUGUCUCCAAAGUUACACCUCAUACAGAUCACCAAGCUCUUACGCAUCUCCAACAACUCCAAGCAUCGAAGCCUUGGCGCGGACGCACCGCUCGAUGGCUAGACUUCCUCGCCGAGUUCCCGGAUUUGCAGUUCACUUAUGUUUAA